AUGAGAAGAAAGUCAGAAACAGAUUCAACGAGCCAAAUCUAUUUACGAGCUAGCGCUGACGGUAGAUUAUCGGAAUAUAUCUUUGUGUGUCUCAAAUACAUAAAGAUAGAGAUGCGCAACAAGCAGGUCAAAGGCGCGCGCGACGUUUACGAACAAGCGGUGAACUUUUUACGAAGACGAAGGUCUGGACGAGAAGUUGUUUCCGGCUUUUGCCAAGUUCGAGAAAAAUCAACAAAAACACGUUCGCGCGCGUAUCAUCUACAAGUACGCUUUGGAACAUUUGUCAAAAAGAAGCAGUCAAAAAAGUUACAAGGCUUAUACAAGGUUUAUACAAUUCACGAAAAAAAAUACGGCGUUUGCUUGGGAAUCGAGGAUGUCAUCUGCAAGAAGAAGCAUCAACACGAGCAGAAAGUGAAGGAAAAUCCGUCUACCUACAACACGUGGUUUUAUUAUCUUGUAAGUAAACCCAAUGUGUUUUGCAAGACGUACAAAGAAGCGAUCGCUAAAGUUUUGUCAACCAAGAAAAAACAAUGCUGGCAUAGCUUGUUGAGUUUCGAUCAAUGUCGCAAGUUGUAUGUAAAGUUUCUCGAGUUGGGUCCGGAGAAUUGCGCCACGGUGAUGCAAUUUGCCGAGGUGGAAACGCGUUUGAAUGAGAUCGAUUGCGCCCGAGCGAUCUAUGAAUUGUCACGUCCUAGGACAAACAGAGGUCUAGACCGUUUCUGGGAGCCCCACGGUCGAGGGCCUAUUUGUGUUCCUCGGGAGUUUUACACUGGAUUGCUACUUUAUAGUUCGAAACGAGCAAAGAAGACUGGAAAUACCACCCCGGACUAA